AUGGAACAUCAGGCUGAACUUUUCCACUCCGCAAUAUCCCCAUACCAAUGGUCAGGCCAAAUCUCCCAACAAGACUAUCAUGAAGGCAUUAAAGAAAGACUAUCAGAGGCUAAAGGAAAAUGGGCAGACAAGUUGCCUGGUGUCCUUUGGUCCUAUCGUACCACCAUUCGAAAACCUACCAGGGAAACACCCUUCUCAUUAGCUUAUGGCAUGGAAGUAGUCAUACCAAUAGAAAUAGGCCACUCCAACAUUUCACAUUUCAACAGUCAAGUGAGAACUAGAACCUUCAAGGAAAAUGAGUGGGUGCUACAAAGAGUAUUUCAGAACACCAAGGAAGUUGGUGCCAGAAAGCUUGCAGAAAAUCGGGAAGGACUGUACCUAAUCAUGAAGGUUCUCAGGCAUGGAGCCUCUAAGCUAUACACCCUAGACGAUAGAGAUAUCACCAAUAGCUGGAACACCAUCCACCUCCACAAAUAUUAUUUUUAA